AUGAAGCUGAUCCCAUUUUGGAUGGUUACAAUGGCGUACCUGUGGUGUGCCAUUGAUGUGAGCCAUGGUAAGCUGCUAACGACUGCCUGCUUGCAGUUUGAGGAAGAUUACAACUUCAAAGAGGAUAAGUUUACCGGAACAUGGUACGACGUACGGCGCUUGAACGAUCCGGCUGUCCCACAGCACGAGGAUUGUGUGGUGAUGAACUAUCGGCUGGGUGAACAGGGUAGCUUCAGCAUACGCCAAUCGUACCAGAUCGGUCCUGACAGCGAACCGAUCUAUCGGGGCGGAAAAGCGGAUCCGAAAGUUUUCCAGGACGCCCGCAUACCGAAGUUUUACGAGCGUUUCAACACGACCGACCCGAACGAUCCGGACACCUCGAUCGACGUAGUGGCGACGGACUAUAGCAGUUAUGCCGUUGUGUACUCUUGCACCUCGAUCAACUCCACCCAUCAGAUCGAAUCUGCCUGGGUACUUUCGCGACAACCGGCACUGGCGAAGAAUGUGGUCGAGCUGGUGAACCUCUUCCUCGAGACGCGAUUCACCCGGAAGGAUCAUAAAUGGCGUGCCACGAUACAGACUGCCGAUUACUGCAAACCAACGCUCGUGGAAGAAUUGCUCGUCCACAGUGCGGCUAGUUGCGUCCAGUUCAGCUCCAUCCCGCUUGCCACCCUGCUCGGUGUUUUGCUGGUGAAAGUGUUCCACUAG